AUGCAUGAACUAAAUACAGAGAAUGUGAAAUAUAAAAGAAGCUUCAUUUUGCCGCCCCCUCCCCACAGCACUCACUUUUCCAGGGGUAGGGGGGGCACCCCCCAAAUCCGAUUGGCCCAGCCCACCGCUGAAGCCGAUUGGCCUAUCCCCAAGUGGGCGGCCAUCAUUCCAGCCUCCUGGAGAGAGAGAGAGAGAGAGAGAGACUACUGCUGCUUCUGUGCUGCCCCACGGCACGCCCCUCCCCCCCCCUUCACUGGCUGGGGACUAUGUGUGCUUGUGUUGGUUGGAGACAUCACAGUUCAUCAAGAAGAGACUGCCUGCUGCUCUGCUCCAUGUGGUGUUGCAAGAAUACUGUCUCAUGAGGCUGGAAUAACAGAUACAGCAGUGCUCCAGGCAGCUCUGCUUCACAACAUUGUAGAAGACACUAUCACCACUUUUGCAGAAAUUGAGUUGCAUUUUGGACAAGAUGUACGUAACAUAGUAGAGAAAGUGACAGAUGAUAAGACUCUACCAAAGAUGGAAAGAAAGAAGCAGCAAAUUGCACACGCACCUCACUGCAGCCACAAAGCCAAGCUAGUGAAACUAGCAAACAAGUUAUACAACCUGCGAUACUUGAAGCGCUGCACCCCAGAAGGCUGGUCAGAAGAGAGAGUCCAAGAAUAUUUUCAAUGGGUAUCUCAAGUGCUGAGAGGACUACGAGGAACAAAUUCCUUUCUGGAGGCAAAACUAGACCAUUUGUUUAUAGAUCAAGGCAUUGCAGUCUAAUCCACAUUAUAUCUCCAUUUUGGAAAUUAUGGACUUGCUAAACUUUAAAUACACUGCUACACUGACUGGCUGGCAAUGGAUUUGGGAGUUGUAGUUCAUCUACAGCUGGAAGGCUAUGAGGCACCCAUCCUAAAGAUUUAAAUUAUAUUAAUUAUUUUUUUUUUCAAAGGAUAAAUGUAACCACUCUUGUAUUGUACAAUAUGAUUUUUGGGACAUUUAAUUGAUUGAAGAGCCAUAUAGAUGGAUGUUUUAAAGAGUUUUGUAUGCUGGGAAAUCUUAAUUCUGAACCUUCUACAUGUGACUAGGCCCAUUAUAUGUUACUUCUUCUGAUUCUGAUUCUAGUUUGCUCAUGGAAAUGUCUGCUGUCUGUUUGCACUGAUUAGGAAAUAUUUUUUAAAGAUCAAUUUAUUGGUUUGCUAGUUGGGUUAUAAAACAAAUUUAGGAUAAUAAUUUAAACAUUUUCUGUGGAACUGGUUCUAAAUUUAAAGGAGAACUUAAUUCAGAGGUUCCACAAUUAAAUCCGUAGCUUUACAGGUGAAGGCAGUCACCCAACCACAACUGCUAUAGUUAUUCUGCAUAAAAUAAUCAUGUCUUUUUCAAAGUCCACUCCCAACCCUGCACUGAUCUCCGUGUCCACCAUGUUUAGUUAUGUCACUUCCAACUAUGACAAGAAGGUCAAUUUGGGAAAAUAUGCAGCAAUGCCCACUGGUCCCCCCCCCCUUUUAUUUGCUUUAGCCAUAGAACUGACCUGGAAGCGGCCAACUAAAAUGCUUAAGCUGAAGUCAUUGCCCUGUGUGCUAUUAAAGGGGUGUUAUACCCAAAUUUCUUUCAAAACAUGCUGUAAGAGGGGAACUUGGACAGACCUAAAUGAUCAUUGUUGCCCAUUAUAAAUUUAUACCUGAGGCAUUGUUCUAUUCAUGCUUCAUGGCAAAUAAAACACCCUGAUGCUU